UUUUAAGUCAGUCGUUACAAAGCCGUGAGGCAGUGAGUUUGCGCAUAUCGUUUUGGCUUAUUUCUUGGCACUUUGAGAAGAUUUACACAAAAAAUUGGACGCGAUCAUAGUAAAUUCAAGGAAUUUCAAAAGUGACGAUCGGCCUACACAAUCGCAUAAUAAUCAAGAUCACGCUGGUAAUUUGUUGAAGUGGUGCAAUAACAAACAACGGAAAAAGUAGCUUCAUAAUGUAAAAUCGCAUAAACAAAGUGAAAACCAAUUGCUAAAACUCUGUUCAAGUGAAUUACAAAAUUUUGUAAAAGAAAAACAAAAAAGCAACGAGUCCGAAGUUGUAGAGAAGAGAACGAAAAGAGUCAACAAAAAAAAAACUUGCCGAUAUGUUCGUCUAUUUUGUGUUUGCACUUUGUUUUCAUUUAGUAUGUACGACUGCCACAACGACACCAACACCGAACGGCACACGGACGAAUUUCGAGCAUUCGGUCAUUCGACACAACGCACAUUUACAACAUCACAAUCGUCAAUUGAUGUCGCAUCGCUAUAACCCAAACACACAUACAAAAAAUCACAUCGAUUUUUAUUCAGGAUCCGAAUCACGGACACGAAAUUCACACCAUAAUGCACACCAUAAUAUUAACUAUGGCAACAGCAACGGCAUUCGUAAUCGAAAUCAAAAUAAAACAACGAUGCACAGAGAACGACAGCCAAGUGUGAAUACAAAAUUGCUGGCGAUAACAUCGAAAUCGCCAACUAAAUCGGUUAGCAAUCCAUUGAAAUUGACGCUGAUCCAAACGAAUGGUCAUUCGUUUGUGGCAAAUAAUUAUGCAGAUGCGAUUAAUACGCAUUUUUAUCGUUGGCCCAUUGCACCCCAAUCACCGUCAACUGACUACGACAUUAAAUGGCGAACAGCCAAUAAUCCAUUUGCAUCGAAUUUUAAUCCAGCUAUCGAAACAGUUCCAAUUUCAACCGCAUUACCAAUUGCAACAACAACUGUUACCAGCCACACAACAACAACAACGAUGCCAUUGUCGUCGUCAUCAUUUGCAUCAUUGUCGUCGACGACGAUGCCAACGGCCAAAGUGUAUCGAACAUUUACUGAACACAGGCUGCUGCAUACAAAGCAUCAACAUUCUGGCCUCGGGCGACAUGUAUGCGUUGAUUAUAAAUCAAUUCAAACGCCAACAACACAGGAACAUCGACUACCUUGUAAAUUCGGCAUUGGUGAUGGUGAUUGCGAUAAUUCACGAUUGACUUAUGAUGGUUUCAAUUCAAUUGCACCGCGACGAACUGGUCAUACGAUUUAUAGUUGUUGCCCAGGAUGGACAAAAGUAAGCAAACACUCGCAUGGUUGCACAAAACCAAUUUGUAAAACUGCUUGCAAAAAUAAUGGGAAAUGUGUUAAGCCUGAGCAAUGUUCUUGCCCCGUUGGAUAUACGGGGCGACAUUGUGAGUUUGAUGUAAACGAAUGCGAAACGGAUAAACCAUGUGAUCAAAUGUGUUAUAACACCGUUGGAUCAUUUUUUUGCACUUGCCGUUUGGGUUUCAUUUUACAUUCGGAUCGUCAAAGUUGCAAAAAAAUCGAUUCAUCGUUUGGCAACGAUGAUACGGGCACCGCAUUUGAGGCCAGAGAUUUGGAAAAUGAUGUAGAUAAUGAUGAUAUGGCGGCACGUAUCAAUAACAUUGAAAAGCUUGUGAUUACAGAGAAAGAGCGAAAUCUCGAAACAAAUAAAUUAAUGCAUCAUACAUUGGCGAUAGUUAAUAAUUUAAAACAACGCUUAGAUGGUUUGGAGAAUCGACAACUAGAACUAAAUCUGAUACGCGAAAGACUGAAAACGUUCGAGAUGCAGGCAAAUAAACUUCAGUAUACCGUUGAUCUGCUGUACAAAUGCCAUCAUAAACCAUUAAUUUAUUGCACUCAAUAGCAUUUAAAUCUCAUUUAUAAUUUUAUAUAACACACGUUAAAAUAUCUUAGCCAUUUUUUGUAGUUCCUGCAUGUCAAUAAAUAAAUAAAACUUAUACAUAUAA